AUGGUGCCGUGCGCUUGGUUCCGUCCUGCAGCCGCGUGGCGGGGCAGGGGGGGGGCACGGCCCCCACAUCGCUGUCCCCCGUCACCGGGUCCCCUGUCACCACCUUGGCGCUGGACAUGGGCAACCUGGCGGGGCUGGGCAGCCACUGGGACACCCCAAAGCGGGGGGUGCCCGGGCUGUCCCCCCCCCGGCUCCUCCCGUGGCUCCGUCUCUUCCGAGUCCUCGGACGCGGGAGUGGGGCUGGACUCCCCCACGCAGGACCUGGUGACGCUGGAGGAAGUCUUCGAGAAAGCCAUCCUGGAGUCUGGGAGGGUGCUCAGAGAGCACAAGCUCCCGAUCCGGAGGAUCCACUCGCUGCCGCCGCGGCUCCAUGGGGCCAGCCCGGUCCUGAGGAACAUCUCCCACUGCCGGGAAUUCAACGGGAGCGAGAGCAGGGCCGGGGGGCAGCCCCGGGAAAAGGAGGGGUUUGUCUUCAAGAAGCCGCUGAGGCCGUGCAGCCAGAGGCCCCCCGGCCAGGGGGCUGCAGGGAAAGACCCCCAGGGAGCCAUGGCUGAGCUGCUGUUUGACACCCCCGAGAAGGAAAAUGUCCCCGAGGCCAUCGUGCUGCGCCGGAGCUCCCUGACCUCCUCCGUGUCCGAGGAGGAAGACGAUGGCUUCAUGGAGAUCCUGGAUGAGGAGGAGAUGAAGAGCGAAGCCCCCGUGCCCCCCGGGCUGCAGACCCUGCUGACCGCCCCGCUGGUCGGGACCCAGGAGGCAGAACCGUGUCCCCCCCAGCCCGGCAAGCGCCGGCAGCUCUUCCGCUCGCCCUCCCUGCCCAGCACCAUCAUCCGACCCAUCCUGAAACGGAUCGAGCGGCCCCGGGACAGGGACAGGGACAGGGACACCCCCGUCAAAACCAAGCGGCGGAGGAGUGUGGCCAGCAGCUCCGGCCAGGAGGUGGCCACCGAGCCCCAGAAGGAGCGGGUGCUGCUGCGCUCCAAGUCCUUCAGCCAGGAGGAGAUGGAGAAGCUGUUGGCCAGUGACCAGCGGGAGCUGAUCGGGGACUUCUCCAAGGCGUACCUGCUGCAGACAGUGGAGGGGAAGCACCAGGACCUGAAGUACAUCUCCCCCGAGAUGAUGGUGGCAGUGCUGACGGGGCAGUUCAGCAGCAGCAUCGGGAGCUGCGUCAUCGUGGACUGCCGGUACCCCUAUGAGUAUGAGGGGGGGCACAUCAAGGGUGCUGUGAAUCUGCCCCUGGAGCGGGAUGUGGAGGAGUUCCUGCUGCGUGAGCCCAUCGUGCCCCCCGACUCCAGCAAGAGGGUGAUCCUCAUCUUCCACUGCGAGUUCUCCUCGGAGCGGGGGCCCAGGAUGUGCCGCUUUGUCCGGGAGAAGGACCGUGCCUGCAAUGAGUACCCCCACCUCCACUACCCCGAGCUCUACGUCCUCAAGGGGGGGUACCGGGAGUUCUUCCCCCAGUACCAGACCCACUGUGAGCCCCAGGACUAUCGGCCCAUGCACCACGAGGACUUCAAGGAGGAUCUGAGGAGGUUCCGGCUCAAGAGCCGCACCUGGGCCGGGGAGCGCAGCAAGCGGGGGCUCCACAGCCGCCUCCAGGACUUCUGAGGGCUCCUCAGGGACCCCCCCGGCUCCUCAGGGACCCCCCCCCAACACCCCUCUCCCUUCCCCUGGGCACCAGCACUGGCCUCACCAGGGCGGCUGCAGGACCCCAAAAAAAGGGUAAAAAUGGGUUUAGGUUUUACCCUGACAGGUGCUGGGGGGGGGGGGGUGUCACUGCCCAGCUCAGGUUUCCUCUGUGGGGGGGGGAAUCCAGUGCCCCCCUUGCAGGUUGGGCUGGGGGCUCUGCCAGCUCGUGGUGUCUGACCUGAGAGCCCGGGGGGCAGGGGGGGCUCUGGGGUUUAAUGAGCAGAAAGCACUUAACCCCCCAGCACGGCCCCUUCUCUGCAGGGGGGUGUCAGAGGGGGGGGGGAACCCUGGGGGUGCCCUCGGGGACAGCCCCCCCUCUGCCCGCAGUGUGGGGGGGCUCCUGGGGUUAUGUUUUGGCACCCCCCGUUUUAUUUAAGCAGUUUCUGUCCUCUGAAGGCAGCUGGGGGUGAGGGGGUGUGUGUGUGGGGGUGUGUGUGUGUGUGUGUGUGC